UUUUGUUCACUAUUAUGAUGAUAGCGCAUCGUGCCAUUUGGGUAUCACUGUGCAAAUCUUACCAGUUCUAUAUAAGAUCUCUUCGAUAAUUGCAACGGUCUUAAAUUUUAUCUCACUCUUACAUGAAAGUGAAAAUGAAUGCAAUUCAAAAGUGUGUCGCGUGGAAAAAACAAAACUACGAAACAUGUUCCUGUUUAUUGUCUUAAAAUAAUGUGCAUUUUAUACAUUGGUGGACUAAUUAUUGAGUGAAAGGAACAUCAGAUUUGACCCAGAUGAUUCCGUGCGCUGAACCAAACAGUAACGUAUGUACGAGGAAAUGCCACUGCCCUCAUGGAGGACAAAAGGAAGAAGAGGAGCCCCAAAGUGUCCCUUCCCCACCCCCCACCUCCACCCAUCAACCCAAGGAAGCUUUCUGUUCUCCCGGCGAGUAAGAGCGCCACAUUCUCGCUGGGUCUGCCACAGCCCCCUUCCCCCAAACCCAGGGGCAAAUACAAGAGAUCGGUGGGAGCAAUGGGGCCAUCUAUAGAAGUCCUCGCUGUUCCUCCGGUUCCCCCCAAAAACACAAGGCCUCACAGAGAAAAGCCCAGAGCUCCUCAGCCUGCUGGGCCGAGUCGUGUGUCCCAGUCCUCCUCACCACUCCAGCAUUCAUUCCUCACUGACGUCUCUGAUGUGAGAGAGAUGGAGGGAGGACUCCUUAACUUGCUUAAUGACUUUCACUCCGGAAAACUGCAAGCUUUUGGUAAGGUGUGCUCCUUUGAGCAGUUAGAGCAUGUAAGAGAGAUGCAAGAACGCCUGGCACGACUUCACUUCAGUCUGGAUAGUCACGUGGAAGAGUUGUCCGAGGACCAGAGAAAGACAGCUUCGGACCGCAAUCUAGAACACCUGCUUUCAAAUCUGGAAGAAUUGAGCAGCUCAAUACAGAAACUUCACCUGGCAGAAAAUCAAGACUUGCCCAAGACCUCCAGCACCUGAAGUAGGAAAACGAACCCAGCUGACCUUCAAGCUCACUGUGCAGACCAAAGCUCAAGUUGCCAUGACAACAACUCCACUGCAAAAGCUACAAUAAUGAUCCAAUGCUAAAUGCUAUAUUGCUGUAAGUGAGGAUAAUAGUAUCAAAGCACAUUCUCAAUCUGAAUGCUCCAAUGUUAGCAUUUACUAUAAAAAGGCAUCUGUAAAUUAACUUAUCCUGAAGACCAUGACAGCUAAAAGAAAGGUUAUUUUCUAUUGGUUGUAGUGCUCUAAGCAUGUGUAUGUUUGCUUUGACCGAUAAUAAUUAUGAUUCAAUACUGAUAAUGUUCAUUUAAUACUGAUAAUGGUUUGCUCAGUUUAACCAAAAGGUUAGAUUUUUUUAUGUGAAUACAAAUGUAAAUUUGUUGCAGAAUAUUCUGCACCCUUCAAGAUAAUAAAAAUCCAAGGACUGGGGCUGUCAAAAAAGAGAGUAGUAGACUACUUAUAUAUUAUGUUGAUUUUGCAUCCUCUUAGAAGCCUGAAAGCUCCAUGAUAUUAUUCAAAACUUUGUGUUCAAUGCAAGCCAUAUGGGUCUGGAAUAAUAUGAGAGUAAAUGAUGGCAGAAUUUUCUUUUUUAUGUACUGUUGCUUUAACAUGUGUUUGAAAAUCUUGAUCUUUAGUGACAGAAGUAGGAACAAUCACUUAUCUGUAAAUCACCUAAUACAAAAUUGGGCUUUAUUUUGUAGUUUUGUUUAUGUUUUUUUGGAUGAUUCUGUAAAUGGCUGUGGAGUAGCUAUUAUACACUCAGGACUGUUUAAAACUGUCAAUUUUAGUGCCUCUUCUUAGUGUCUAGAUUGCAUUGAUUAUUUUAAAGUAAACUCUCCAUGAUGGAACUGGAUGUUUUUGUAGAUGUUUGUACACAAAAUAGACAUGCAUUUAUUUAAAGUAAUAUGUUAUAUACUGUAUAUUGUCUGUAAACCAGUUGUUUUUAUCACUAUUUAAUUUGUAUAAAAAAAAACACACUGAUAGAAGUUGUUCGUUAUUCUUGAUGAUGCAGAAAGAAAUUUUCAGUAUGUGUUUGCUGACUUUGUAUUAUUAUAAUUAAUGUAUGAUGAAAGCAUGUCAGGCAUUUACCUUUUCAGGUUAAA